AAAGAGAGCAGUGAGUAAUAACACCCACUCCUUAGUCCUUACUAUAUAAUAUAAAAACUCCCUCUCUCUGUUUUCCUCUCUUCAUUUUCUCUUUUUCAUUCUCAGAUUCUAAUACUAAUAAUAAUCUCGGCUGCUUCGGAGGAUCUCUUUCAGGGAUUUUUGUUUUUACUUUUGGUGAUGGCAUCGAAACGGAUCUUGAAGGAGCUCAAGGAUCUCCAGAAGGAUCCUCCUACCUCUUGCAGCGCAGGCCCAGUUGCUGAAGACAUGUUCCAUUGGCAAGCAACAAUUAUGGGGCCUCCGGAUAGUCCAUAUGCCGGUGGAGUGUUUCUAGUCACCAUUCAUUUUCCUCCAGACUAUCCAUUUAAACCACCUAAGGUUGCAUUCAGGACAAAGGUCUUUCACCCCAAUAUCAACAGUAAUGGUAGCAUUUGCCUUGAUAUUUUGAAGGAGCAAUGGAGCCCUGCCCUCACCAUAUCCAAGGUGCUGCUUUCAAUUUGUUCUCUGUUGACGGACCCGAAUCCCGAUGACCCAUUGGUACCAGAGAUCGCCCACAUGUACAAGACGGAUAGGAGCAAAUACGAGGCAACAGCAAGGAGCUGGACUCAGAAGUAUGCUAUGGGUUAAUUGUGCUGGUGUGAUAUGGAGGGCUUCUUUCCCUGUGACUUUGGUCUUUAAAUUAAUGUUAUGUAUGAAUGAUGAAGUAUUACCUGUGCCUCUUAUAAGUGGACCAAUAGGGAGAGGUCUGUUUUCUGCCCUUCUGAAACACAUUUGCUGCUUUUAAUUGUUUGUAUGGGGAAUUAUCUUUAGAACUUCAGUGAACUGCUUCAAAUA